UCCCAUGCCGCUCACAUGUCUCUGGGUGACACCUCCUGCCUCCCCCCGCAGCUGUUGCUCCUCUAUCUUUUUUUAUUUUGUCUUUCCCAUCGCCGAGGUCGCACGAUUCCCCCAGCGCAGGAGCCGCCAGGCUGUACGAGGAAGAUGCUGUCCCGCCGGGGCUGCAAGCCUGAGGUCCUCAUCCUGACCAUGGUGGGGAUCGGCGGCCUACUCUUCCUGCUCAUGACCAACAAGGGCGAGCACGUGAUGAAGCCUGCCACGAAAGUCAGCAGUACCAGCCCCCCGCCCAACAUCCCCACAACCCCGUGGCACGGCCCUGAGUGCAAGGAGAGCUCCUCGGUCACUAAUAUCUCCGGCUUCGCUGACCUGCCUGGCCACAUCCAGGACUUCUUGCGCUACAAGCAUUGCAAGGAGUUCCCCCAGCUGCUGGACGCCCCCGACAAGUGCAGGGGGGCUGAGGGCUCCCCGGGGGUCUUCCUCCUCCUGGCCAUCAAGUCGUCGCCCGGGAAUUAUGAGCGGCGGGAGAUCAUCCGCAAGACUUGGGGGGAGGAGAGGACAUACCAAGGGGUCCGUAUCCGCAGGCUCUUCCUCGUCGGGGAGGUGAGGGAUGCACGGGAGGCUUGGAAGCUGAACCAGCUGCUGCGGCUGGAGGCGGCGGAGCAUGGGGACGUGCUGCAGUGGGCGUUCCUGGACAGCUUCUUCAACCUGACCCUCAAGCAGGUGCUGUUCUACAGCUGGCUGGAGGCCCACUGCCCUGGCACUCGCUUCCUCCUCAACGGGGACGACGAUGUCUUCGUCAACACGGACAACAUAGUGAACUACCUGCUGGGCUUGCGGGGGGCCAACGAUGGCGACGGGCACCUCUACGUGGGGCAGCUCAUCGCCAACGUGGGUCCCAUCCGCGAGAAGUGGAGCAAGUACUACGUGCCCGAGCAGGUCUCUGCCACCAGCUCCUACCCACCCUACUGCGCGGGUGGCGGGGUGCUCAUGUCCGGCUUCACCGCCCGCGCCAUCUACAAGGAGUCGUUGGGCAUCGAGCUCUUCCCCAUAGACGAUGUCUAUCUGGGUAUGUGCCUGCAGAAAGCCGGGCUGGCCCCAGCCUCCCACAUGGGCAUCCGGACCGUGGGUGUCAGGGUGCCUUCCUCCAAGCUGGAGUCCUUUGAUCCCUGCUACUACAAGGAGCUGCUGCUGGUGCACCGCUUCGUGCCCUACGAGAUGCUAGUGAUGUGGCAGGCCAUUCACGAGCCGGACCUGCGUUGCGGGAAGAAACUGCAGGUCUAUCAGAGCAUUUGAGGGGACCCUGGAAUCCGAGGGGGGGGCACCGGGGAGGGAUGUAAUGCCAGGUUGUAGGUGCUAGGGCAUCAGCGGGUGAUGCCACCCAUCUAGGUCUUCGCUGCUGUGCCCCGAAUGCUCCAGACCAGUCACCUCUUUCUUGCUCUUGAUGCCUAUUCCAGGAAGUCCCGGCUCCAAGGGGCGGGACUUCCAGGAAUGAGCCUCAGCAGGACUUACUGUUCUAUUGGCUAACAUGCAUGGAGUGCACAGAGAGACUGGACGGCUCACUGGCUUCUGGUCCUGUUCCAACUAGUUUGGCUCAUUUGCCAUUCUUGGGAUGCCAGAAGCUUUUCCCGCAGCUCCUCCCUUCCCCGUGGCUGCGAUAAGCAUUCUGAGCUGGGUAGGGAUCCCUUUGCAGUGAUCCCCUGGGGGUGGCUACCUCCAAGAAGGCAACUACCAGAAAGCCACCAGACCGGAGUGGAGGGGGGAAUUUCUGCCUCCUUGACUAAUGGGCACAUUGCCACCUGGGUGCCCAAAUCCUGGGCAGGCUUGGCCAAUGCCCAGAUCUUGGCCUGGACGCUGUGUCUCUGGGGCCGAAGGUCCAAACACAGCAGGAAGUGGGCAGGGUGUCUGGCGUGAGGAGCUUGGCUCGGGGUCCUAGGCCCAGCCCCUGGUUCACCGCCGGCCCUAAGAGCAGGAGGUGGGCGUCAUGCACGUCCCUGCUCCAGAGCUCGGGGGCCAGAUGUUCCCCAGCGUAGCCAGCUGUGGCCCUGUAAAAUCAAUGGAGUCGUGCCUAGCGAGCGCUGGGUGAAUUUGGCUCUGGGGCUACGAUGCAGAAGCAGACAGUACGAGGGGGACAAGUUGGGUGUUCUCAGCUGGGCCCGCAGGGGCUCUCUGGCUCCUGCAGCUCCAGCCCUGUCCCUUGCUGCUAACGGUCUGGUUGGUGGAUAUAUUAACUGGCAGGGCUGGUGCUUCCAGCUGCUCAAAACAGCCGAGAGAAGCAGUGUCUGCUCCCCACCCGCCCCUGCUCCUUGGGAGUUGGUUUGCCCUAUGGACUAGGCUGGCAGGGGAUGGAGGGGGAGAGGAACUAGAUUCAAGGGCAUGUGUACAGCUGCCUCCCUUCUCUCCCAGCGCCUGUCUGUGCAGAUAUUCCAGUGACGUGUGUGGACUUUGCUCAAGGACAGGACAGGAAUCUGCCUGGGGGCUUGGACGCUGCCUCACCCGUCCAUUCGGUAGCAGGACCCCCACUGAGAAGCACCAGGAGCUGGGCCCUACCCAGCUGGCUUUGGGGCCCACCGUCCUGCACUGAAUCAGCGCUAGAGACUUGGGCUGUAAAACUGCAUCUCUGCUGGCAGGGGAGGGAGCAAACGGAGGCCUCUCUUCAGCUCCGGCUCAGCUGUGUCCUGACUUUACUAAUAACCCGCCCCCCCACUCCUCCCAGGGCACAGUCGUAUGGCACCAAGGGCUGAUUUCCAAAGUGCUGCCCUGUCCCUGAGAAUGCGGCCUCCUGCAUGUUCCCAAGCCCCUUGCAGGACACGGUUGAUCUGAAUGGGGGCCUUUGAAUUCAGGCCUGUGGCUUGGUUCAUGUAGGACUUGGCACGGCCAGAUGGGCAUGGGGGGUUUGGCAGAGGCCCAGUCUACAACCCUCCCUGGAAGUGCCCAAGAAGAGGGCAAACCCGAGAUCUGAAUUGCUGUUAAACUCAACCCACUGGCAAUUUCUGUUGCUCAAUCAAGAAAGGUAUCAGGGUGCGGCAUCACAGCCUUGCACCUCUCUAAACCUGUCUGCUGCAUCUCCCUGGCUCUGACAAACUGCUGCUGAGACUUUGCCAGUUAAUUGUUUUAUGAGAUAACAAGCCCAAAGUUUCCAAGCUC